AUGUGGACAAGUCUAUGUUUAUUGUUUGUAGCAUGUAUCGUGACUGUGAGUUCAGAAGGACGUGUAGAACGCGUUGUUAAAAGUCCCCAAGGUCCAGUUAGAGGCUUUAAAGAAAAUGAAGACGACAUAUUCAUUUUCUACGGGAUACCAUAUGCCACUGCACCUACUGGACCGCAAAAGUUUAAUGCCCCAUAUCCUCCUUCUGCUUGGCUUCAAACAUUUGACGCAGUCGAUAAAGGUGUGAUAUGUCCACAGUAUAAAGAGGACUGGAUGGAGAACAAAAAUAUGCAAGAGAAUUGUUUGAUUGCGAAUGUUUAUGUACCAGACACAAACAAAAAGAAACUACCAGUCGUAGUAUACGUACAUGGUGGUGCAUUCAUACGCGGUUAUUUAGAUUUCGCAGUCCCUAAAAAUCUAGUGAAGACCAAAGAAAUUAUAGCAGUUACAUUUAAUUACCGUUUAGGUGCACAUGGAUUUUUAUGUCUCGGUACAGACGAUAUUCCUGGAAACGCUGGUUUAAAAGACCAAAUUGCAUUACUUAGGUGGGUAAAUAAAAAUAUAGCGAGUUACGGUGGAAAUCCAGAAGACGUCACUCUAGCUGGUUAUAGUGCUGGGUCUGCAUCUGUUGAUUUAUUAAUGCUUUCGCCAUCUGCGAUGGGACUAUUCAAUAAAGUGAUACCGGAAAGUGGAGCAAAUGUAGCACCGUUUACUAUACAGUUGGAUCCUAUCGAAAAUGCUAAGAGUUAUGCGAAGUCUGUAGGUUUCGAGGGUGUAGAUGAUUUUUAUGCACUGGAAAACUUUUAUAAGACUGCUUCGCAUGAUGUUUUAACAGAAAAAGUGUUUCUUAACAAAACUGACAACACUUUUAUCUUUACCCCAUGCAUAGAACGAAAAGUGGGAUCAGACAGUGUUCUCACUGAUAGCCCAUACAAUAUUUUAAAACGGGGUAAAUACAAAAAAAUCCCUCUACUUUAUGGUUUAGCUAAAAUGGAAGGAUUGUUUCGUCUGCCUUUGUUCGAAGUAUGGAAAGAUAAAAUGAAUGAAAAUUUCGCUGAUUUCCUUCCAGCAGAUUUGACAUUUAAAACUGAAGAUGAGAAAGAAGGAGUUAUAAAACAGAUUAAGAAAUUUUAUUUUAAUGAUAAAGCUGUGAGUGGAAAUAAUAUCUUGUCGUACAUUGAUUAUUUUACGGACACUAUUUUCGCUUUUCCUAUUAUAAGAGCCGCUAAACUACAUGCUGAAGCUGGCCACGACAAAGUUUAUUUAUAUGAAUACGACUAUGUAGAUGAAUCUAUGCCAGUUAUACCAUACACAAAUAAUGUGAGAGGAGCUGAUCAUUGCAGUCAAACUUUAGCCGUGAUGGAUGGAUCUGGAUGGUUUAAUGCAAACGAAACAAAUUUGUCUAAAGAAUAUUUAAAUGUGAAGAACUUGUUAAGAGAUAUAUGGAGUAAUUUCAUAAUAACUGGCAACCCAGUUCCACCCGGAUCGACGUUACCAAAGUGGCCUGGUGUUGAAGCAAGUGGUUCUCCGCAUAUGUUACUCGGUAGCACUGUGGAACUACGUGGUGCACUCCUGCAGGACCGUAUGGCUUUCUGGAGUAGUAUUUACGAGAAACAUUACCGAUUGCCGGUACCACCGCCACCGCCACCUCAUACAGAAUUGUAA